AUGGCCGUUAUAACCCCUACCAAGGCCAUUGUUAUCACUGUUACCCACGUUAAUACCCCUUCCAAGGCCAUUGUAAUCACUGUUAUCGCCGUUAUAUCCCCUACCAAGGCCAUUGUUAUGAGUGUUACCCACGUUAUAACCCCUGCCAAGGCCAUUGUUAUCACUGUUAUCGCCGUUAUAACCCCUGCCAAGGCCGUUGUUAUUACUGUUACCGCCGUUAUAACCCCUGCCAAGGCCAUUGAUAUCACUGUUACCGCCGUUAUAACCCCUGCCAAGGCCAUUGUUAUCACUGUUACCGCCGUUAUAACCCCUACCAAGGCCAUAGCUAUCACUGUUAUCGCCGUUAUACCCCCUGCCCAGGCCGUUGUUAUCACUGUUACCGCCGUAAUAACCCCUACCAAGGCCGUUGUAAUUACUGUUACCGCCGUUAUAACCCCUACCAAGGCCGUUGUAAUCACUGUUACCGCCGUAAUAACCCCUACCAAGGCCAUAGUUAUCACUGUUACCGCCGUUAUAUCCACUACCAAGGCCCUUGUAAUCACUGUUAUGGCCGUUAUAACCCCUACCAAGGCAGUUGUUAUUACUGUUACCGCCGUUAUAACCCCUACCAAGGCCAUUGUUAUCACUGUUACCGCCGUAAUAACCCCUACCAAGGCCGUUGUAAUUACUGUUACCGCCGUUAUAACCCCUACCAAGGCCGUUGUAAUCACUGUUACCGCCGUAAUAACCCCUACCAAGGCCAUAGUUAUCACUGUUACCGCCGUUAUAUCCACUACCAAGGCCGUUGUAAUCACUGUUACCGCCGUUAUAACCUAUACAAAGGCAGUUGUUAUUUCUGUAACCGCCGUUAUAUCCCCUACCAAGGCCAUUGUUAUCACUGUUACCGCCGUUAUAACCCCUACCAAGGCCAUAGUUAUCACUGUGAUCGCCGUUAUAAUCCCUGCCCAUGCCGUUGUAAUCACUGUUACCGCCGUUAUAACCCCUACCAAGGCCGUUGUAAUCACUGUUACCGCCGUUAUAUCCCCGGCCAAGGCCAUUGUAUUGCAUGUAAAGCACUGA